CUCAGAAAUGGAGAGAGGAAACAUGGAUGAAGGACUGACCACAAGCUUCUCACUCCUGCUUGCAGAAAAGGAAGUUAGAGAUGGUUCCUUCAAUUGUGGUUUCAUUUGGGGAUAUUCAUCACCUGUUGAGCAUGAACUGAUGGAUGAUCUGGGGCUCUCUCUGGCUGAGUACUCAGUUUUCGUAUCAAUAUGGGCAUUUGGGGGAAUAAUAGCUUCACUAAUGACUGGUACAGCAACCGAUUUUAUUGGUCGGCGAGGUACAAUGUUGUUUGCGGAUAUAUCCUGCAUCAUUGGCCAAGGAUCAUUGGUGGCUGGACUUGGGAAGAUUUUUAACAGGAUUCGCAGCCGGGCAUUUUACUUAUGUGCCUAAAUAUGUGAAAUACUACAGUUGAUGCUGGGUUCUGGCAGUUAACUAAUUUUUUCAUUGGAACCAUUGUUUCCUGGCGCACCUUGGCUCCAAUUGGAAUGGUUCCAGGCCUGUUACAGUUUAUUGGUCCAUUCUUCGUUCCAGAGUCUCCUAGAUGGUUGGCAAAGGUUGGUUGGGACGAAGAGCUAGAAGUUGCUCUACAGAGGCUGAGGGGACCAAACACCAAUGUUUCUCGAGAGGCAGCUGACGUCAAGAGGAAAUCUCGUCGAAUCCCAUCGCCACCCUUUUUGCUGUGACAAAAAAUCCCGUGCGCGAUUAUCCAGCAUAUUUUAAUCCUUGCGCCCUUCAACGUUAUUGGCUUCCAACCAUCUACCCAUAUAUACUAAUGCAAAUUCAAUAAU